CCCGGCGCCUCCGGGCGGCCCCUGCUGGGCCCCGCCGCGGUGCCGCUCGGUGACCGCCUCCUGCGCGGCCCCGCCGCCGGGCCCCCGGCCGGGCCGGAGCUCCCCGCGGUGCCCGAGGCCAACGGGGUGCUGCGAGGCUGCGAGCCGGGGAGCGCCGGGGGCAAGGGGGGAGCCGGAGCCAUCGCCGCCGCCAUCAACAUCAACGCCUCGACCUCCAAGUUCCUAAUGAAUGUUAUAACAAUUGAAGACUAUAGGAGCACAUAUUGGCCAAAGUUGGACAGUGCCAUAGAUCAGCUUUUAACUCAGAGUCCUGGUGACUACAUCCCUAUCUCCUAUGAACAAAUAUACAGUUGUGUGUAUAAGUGUGUAUGCCAGCAGCAUUCGGAACAGAUGUAUAGUGACCUAAUAAAAAAGAUAACUAACCACUUAGAGAGAGUCUCAAAGGAGCUGCAGGCCAGCCCUCCAGAUCUCUAUAUUGAAAGAUUUAACGUAGCUCUUGGACAGUAUAUGGGAGCAUUGCAGAGCAUUGUGCCUCUUUUCAUAUAUAUGAAUAAAUUUUACAUAGAAACCAAGCUUAACAGAGACUUAAAAGAUGACCUUAUAAAGCUGUUUACGGAACAUGUUGCAGAAAAGCACAUUUACAACCUAAUGCCUUUACUUUUGGAAGCUCAGUCAACGCCGUUUCAAAUAACUCCUUCAACCAUGGCAAAUAUUGUGAAAGGCCUGUAUACACUACGACCAGAAUGGGUACAGAUGGCACCAGCUUUAUUUUCUAAAUUCAUCCCAAAUAUUCUGCCCCCUGCUGUGGAAUCUGAGCUUCAGGAAUAUGCUGCUCAAGACCAGAAGCUUCAGAGAGAGCUUAUGCAGAAUGGAUUUACUAGAGGUGACCAGUCACGCAAGAGAGCUGGAGAAGAGUUAACUUACAAUGGCUCGUCAGCUUGUGCAAGCUCCAGGGGGUACAGAUAGUGAAUAUACUGGAUCAGCUUCUAUUCCUAGCCAGAACAGACACUGGAGGAGCACAGGUGGUGUCCGGAGCUUCCUUUAGCAACUGCUGAUACGCGAGCUCUGACACGAACUAUGCCUCAAAGAAGAGUUUUGGACUUUCUUCUUUAUAUAAUAAAAUGUCAGUUGCUGCUACAAUUGGGAUGACUUUGAAAGACACGAUUCCUUGGUCUGGCCUCUCAACAAGUUCAUGUUCUGCGAUUUUUGUGAGGAAUGCACCUUGAAAAACAAUCCUUUCAAAGUGGAAAUGGGCAGCCGAAAUCAGCAGCUUCCAAAAGCGUUAGAAUGGAAGAACCUUUUUUGCACUCUUUUCUUAAUAUUAAGGACGUUCUUAAAACUAGUUAACACGUCAGUGUAUUAGUUUUUAAACUUCAAGGUAUUUUCUGGAGCUUUUACUGAAAUAAUAAGAAUAAAGUUUCGUUAUUUUGCA